AGAAUGAAUAGUUAAAUAUUCACAUUACAUGUUAUUUGCGCUGUGGGUGAAGUUUAACGAUGCCUCCAAAAAAAGGAAAAGGGAAACCGCCUGCACAUAAACUAUGUGCUCCACUGGAUCCAGGAUUCAUAUUGAAAGAUCUAAAGAAAAAAGAAUGGAAGAUAGGAAAGUCAAUUGGAUCUGGUGGAUUUGGCCUCAUUUAUUUGGCUGAUGAUGCUUCCAAACCAUCAGUAAAAGAUGAUGCAAAGUAUGUUAUUAAAGUGGAACCAAUGGCAAAUGGUCCACUUUUCUGUGAACUUGCAUUUUACCAGAGAGCUGCAAAAUCUGAGGACAUCGAAAAGUGGAGGAAGAGUAUGAAACUACAAUUUGUGGGGAUUCCUCCCUAUAUUGCCCAUGGUUUACAUAAUAAUACAAAUGGCAACAGGGAGGAUGGGAUGAGGUUUCUCGUGAUGCCAAGAUGUGGAACAGAUCUUCAUAAUUUAUGGAUCAAAUCUGGAAAAAAGUUUACUAGAGCCACAGUCUCAAAAAUUGCCAUUUUAAUUAUUGAUGCACUGGAAUACAUGCAUUCCAUGGAAUAUGUACAUGCUGAUAUUAAAGGUGCAAAUAUACUACAGUGUUACAAGGACCCCAAGCAUGUAUACCUUGUUGAUUUUGGCUUAGCAGCUCGUUACAAGUCCGACGGUGUACAUAAGGAGUACAAACCAGACCCAAGGAAAGCUCACAAUGGAACGAUCGAAUAUACAAGUGUGGAUGCUCAUAAGGGAACAGCCCCGUCACGCCGUGCUGACUUCGAGAUCCUCGGUUUUGUCCUCGUACAUUGGCUGAGUGGUAAACUUCCAUGGGAGACCAAACUCAGCGACCCGUUAAAAGUAAUGGAGAUGAAAGUAUCAGCGAUGGCAGAUGUCAAGAAGUUUGUCAAAACUUGUUGUUCUACAGAUACACCAGAUGAAGUAACCAAGUAUCUAAGUUGUGUUGCUGAGUUGGAGUAUUCGGAAACACCAGACUACAAUAAAUUACGAAACUUUUUCAAAUCCUACUUAAAAUUUGCGUGUGUCUCUGUUUCGUCCCCCAUUGAAUUUGGUGUGGAAGAAACUGCAAGGAGAACUUCGCCAAGAAAAAAACAACCUGUCAAAGCAAAGUCUCGAAAUUCUCGUCCUCUUUCAAGCAAAACAAACACUCCUUCCUCUUCUACUCCGCACACCAUAGAGGAAUCCCAGUCCUCUGAGGAUGAACAGCCUCCAAAAAAAGGAAGAAUAUCUGCGAGAAAAAAGAAAAUAAUUGUUCAAAGUGAAAGUAGCAGCGCUUCGUCUGAAGAAAGUGACGACUACCAGCCGUCAGUAAAACGUCACAAGGUUUUAAACAAAAGAGGUGUUGGCGUAGCUGCACAAGCGAAAAAGAAACGCAACGUUAGAUUGUCAGAAACUUCAGGGUCGGACAUUAUUGAAAGCUGUGACUCUGACUUUGAUUCUCCAGUGAAACCUGUAAAGCUUGAAACUAAAGCUAAAUCUUCUGCAAAAAGUGGAAGUAAAGCUAAAAAAAGCAGCAAAACCCAACCCCCACACAUGGUUAUGGAACCAGUGAACAAAGUAAAAAGUAAAGAGUUGUCUCGAACAAGAUCUUCAACGAACUCCCCAUCAGAUGAAGAGGAAGGAACAUCCAUCAUUGUGGACUCUUCCCCAACAGAAGAGACAAACAAAAUUAUUCCUGGUUUAAACCAGAAUAAUCGACCUCCAAUGGGAAGUUCCAAGAAUUUGUCGAAAUCAAAUCCAAAGAAAUCUGAUUUUGCACAAGUAAAAACUCUUGCUGAUAUUCCCGCACCUUCAACCAAGGAUGCCACAGCAUCUUCUGAUCCUUCAAAUGAUGAAAAUAAAGCAAAUUCUAUCAUUCCAGGGUUGGAGACAGAACUUUCACCUUUAAAACAGGGACUAAGACAAACAACAAAGUUGAAAUCACGAUAUUCCAUGGCCCCAUUACACACUGUACCUGUUCUGACUAAAGAUGAUGCAUUGACCGGCACAAGGGUUGGAAAACAUCCAGUGUUUAAGCGAAAACGUAAGGGUAACGUUCCCAAAUCGGAUUCCAGUACUCAGACAACUCCUUCUCUGAAGAAAAUUAAGUCAAGGAAAUAGAUAUCUUAUAAACUUCUUAUCUUAUAAACUUCUUUUUGUUGUUUUUGUAACUGCUUUUUUUGAACAAUCAUAAAAGGAAAAAUUAACCUGUUGUAUAUUAGUUGUGAUAUGUUUCGAUAAGGUUUUAAAUACUGCAAUCUCUUUAACCUGGACCACUACGGAUGUAUAAGGAUCAUAAUUUAUUAAAGUUUUGAUCAAAAUUCCUGCAGGCAUGCAUUUAAUGAUUAUUAACAUGAGGCCAAGAUUACAUUGAAGAUACAACACUGUACAUGUAUGCGAAUAUAUCUGUUAUUGCAAAUUUGAAAAGUUAAAUUGCUACUUUGUGUUCAACACCUAAUACAAUAAUAAUCUCGA